AUGAAUAAUCCUCGAGAAAACGCGAUAGCAUUGAUGAACAAUAAUAACAAAACCUGGUUUUUUGUUCGGCUAUGCUUGGUUACUGGAGCAGGUUUCUUCACGGCGGCAUACGAUUUGUUUGCCAUCAACCUUGUGAGCUUAAUGCUCGGAUACGUCUAUUACAAGGAACAGAAGGAACUUCCUGAAAACACAGAUUUGUGUUUGAAAAUCAGCGCCCAACUCGGCGCCAUUAUCGGUCAGUUGCUAUUUGGCUAUUUGGCAGAUCGCUAUGGAAGGAAAAAGAUGUAUGGUGUGGAAUUAAUGCUCUCUGUAGGAGCAACGAUAAGUUCCACAUUGGCUGGUAAUAGUCCAAAAGUGUCAAUUAUCAGUAGUCUGAUUGUUUACCGAUUUAUUCUUGGUAUUGGGGCUGGUGGCAAUUAUCCACUCAGUGCAGUUAUUACGGCCGAGUUUCUCCCGCCAAGUAAUAGAGGAAGAUGGAUGGCAGGGGUCUUUGCCCAACAGGGCUUGGGAAUUCUUUUUGCAGGCGUGGUCUCUGUUGCCAUGCUCGCUGCAUUCCGUUCUUCUAUCAACGAAAAUGAAGAUAACCUAGAUUCCGUAUGGCGUCUUGUUCUUGGUUUUGGAGCCGUUCCAGGCUUAGCGGCUCUCUUCUUUCGUUUGACCAUUCCUGAAACGCCCGUUUAUAAGAUAGAAGUCUGGCAAAACCCCGAACAGGCUAACCAUGAUAUGAAUCAAAUAGUAAAUGAACGGGGAAUCCGGUAUCCUCAAACAGAGGAAGAAAAUGUACGUGGGACAAACUUGACAGACUUUUACACAUUCUUCCGUGGAAAUCCGGGCUAUUUAAAAUAUUUGAUUGGGACAUGUAUUACGUGGUUUUGCAUCGACAUAUCCUUCUAUGGAAUUGGAUUAAAUAACGCAACAAUUUUCAAAGAAAUUGGAUUUGAUGUCAGCAAAACGAGUGAAGGCGCUUACACCCAACUAUUAAACGCUAGCACUGGUAAUAUUAUUAUUACCUUGCUUGGCACUAUCCCCGGAUAUUUGAUGACCAUGGCACUUAUAGAUAAUAGAAGAGUAGGCAGGAUAAAGAUUAUGUAUAUUGGAUUUACUGCGUCCGCAGUUUUGUUACUUAUUUUCGGGGUGACAUAUAAUAAUACUGUAAACAAUAGAGCUGCGUUUCUCGUCAUGUUUAUUUUGAUACAGAUAGGGUUUAGCAAACUUCGUGAUGUUGGUGGAAAAGAUCCAACCAACGCAAACGAGUUUCUUGGACCACUUAUCGCUAUUUCUGCUGGUUUCAUGACAGAAACGCCAACAAUAACCUGA